CCCUCGUUGGUGACGUAACAUCCGCCGCAACUGAAAAACACGGCAAACAAGCAAAUGGAGCAAGAUAUUCUCCAGAUAUUUGAACAUGCUAACUUUGAGUUUGAUAAGCACAAUCACAAACAGGCAGAGGAGCUGUACACGAAGUUUAUCUCUUGCUGCCUACGGUCCAGGGAAUGUGAAUCCAAUGUUGUGGCCACUGCCUACAACAACCGUGGACAGAUAAAAUACCUGCGGGUGGACUUUUAUGAGGCCAUAGAGGAUUAUAGCUCUGCCGUAGAGGCUGACAGUCUCUUUGAAAUAGCUUUCUACAACAGAGGACUCAUCCACUACAGGCUGGGUUUUUUCGACGAUGCCAAGAGGGACUUCCAGCAAGCAUUAAGGCUCAAUCCAGACUUUAAAGAUGCCAAGGAGAGCCUGCAGCAAACACUUCUUGACCAGCAGCAGAAGAUAAACAGGGGUUACUGACUGCAUCAGAAACUACAGAGCAUCUAUUAUAUUUAUAUUUCCGUCUGGCUGCUAAAGAAAAGUUGUGCCUAUUUUCACAAGCAUUAUAUUAAUUCGAAGAUACAAAGAUUUAUUUUAUUAAGUGUCACACAAACAUUAUAAAACUCAGAAAUUCUGAGCUAUAAUUACAUUUUAGAUGCUAAAUCUUGUCUUGUUUCAACUCGAGUAGCAGGUGCAACAUUAUAUUUUUCUUUAGCAGAGCAAUGAUACUUCUUUUUCUGACUCAUUUAGUAGAAUAAAAAUGGAACAGCCUCAAAAAUGAAAGUAUUUCAUUGUAUAUAUCUGCAAGCGGACAGUGCAGACUCAUCGACCCAGCCACACCUGGAAAAAUGAUGAGCCUGGGUUUUACAGUCUGUAAUAAAUGCUGCACCAUUGUGGGGUUAUGUUUGUGACCAUAAACAAACCUUGAGCAAGUUUUAGUACAACAAUAACGACGAUUCUCAGCUUCAUAGGAAAACAUGUCUUUCUCUUUAAGUUGCCUUUUGACCAGUUGAAUUGUGACUGUAUAUCUCUUGUACGUCUCUAAUGAACACAAAUGUAUUAAAUGUAUUAAAUUAUUGAUUAAACAUUACUGAUGUAUGCA